UUCCACUUUUGCAGCUAUUUUAUAUAGCGAUCGUCACACUGGAGUACGAAAACAAUGAAUGGACCUGGAGAUUGCUUAUGUGGACGAUCUCUUUCGUAAAUGUCAUCCGUUGUUCAAGGGUACGGAUGGUGUAGGCGGCCUUUGGAACUUGGAACUGAGACGACCUUCCUACCGGAGGAGUGGGUCUUGUAGAUUAGAGAGCACUCGCAAGUCACCUCUUAUUCGUGGCACAGACCAAGAGACGAGGACAAACCAGGAGAAAGGGACACCCAAGUCUUUGCACUUCCAUCCAGCAACAAUAUGGACAAGAUGCUGCCCGUGUUGGUGGUCUAAUUUUAGUACAGAAGUCCGGGAUUAUUUAGAUUUGCCUGACUGCGUCAAUUGUUAAUCAAGAACCAUGGAUGAGGUGGAGCAAGAUACACGAGGAUUCAAGCCAUUGUAUAUCGUAGCUCAGGUGGCCGGGUUUGUUACCGUCAUUCUAACUGGAAUAUGGAUGGGCCAUUAUCGAGGCGGAUUUGCGUGGAGUGGCGACAACCAAUUCAACUGGCAUCCCUUGCUUAUGGUGAUGUCCCUCAUCUACCUUUAUGGCAACGGCAUUUUGAUUUAUCGUUCAGUUUUGUUGCCACCUUUUAAUCAACUGGAUCGAAACCAUCGAGUCCAAGGUAUUCUCAUGUAUCGAGUGUUCCGGAAUGAGCGGAAGAAGAAACUGAAAUGGGCCCAUGCCAUUGUCAUGAUAAGCGCAUUUUUCAUCUCGGUCAUCGGGCUGAAGGCCGUCUUUGACUUCCAUGCUACCAAAGGGAUCCCAGAUCUGUACUCGCUUCAUUCUUGGAUGGGUCUGAUCACUGUCAUCAUGUUCUUGCUCCAGUGGGUGGCCGGUUUGGUCACGUUUUUGUUCCCGGGUUUGGCCUCUCAUCUCCGUUCAUCGUUCAUGCCUGCACAUAUCUUCUUCGGAUUGUUUAUCUUUACCAUGGCAUGUGCCACUGCCCUCUUGGGGAUCACGGAAAAAGCCAUCUUUAGCUUAAAAGACGAUUACAAGAGCAAAGGAGCAGAAGCCACCUUACUGAACUGGGUUGGCGUUCUACUCAUCAUUUUUGGCGUCCUUGUUGUUUAUUUGGCCCAAAAUCCUCGAUACAAACGCCUAAACAGACCGGAAGACGAAAUGUUAUUGACAGAGACCCUACAUGAGUAAUGGAAUUGGAUUCGUGAGUCGCCAUGGAAAUCUUUUAGUUUGAACUACGAUUUCGUUUCAUCGUGAUUUCUGUGAUCAAAUUGGACCUAUUCGUAAUAAUUGUCAAAUCUCAUUUGGUUUAGAAUUAUACUGCUUUUAUAUCCA